GCCUCAUUGCUACCCAGUGAGCAAGAUGGGUCACCAGCAACUCUACUGGAGCCACCCGAGGAAAUUCGGCCAGGGCUCUCGCUCUUGCCGUGUCUGCUCCAACCACCAUGGCCUGAUCCGGAAGUACGGCCUCAACAUGUGCCGCCAGUGUUUCCGCCAGUAUGCGAAGGGCAUCGGCUUCAUUAAGUUGGACUAAGGGAACUUCUGUGAAUGGGAUGGGAAGAGG